AUGGGCGCGUGCAGCGUGUCGUCGCACUCCAGGCUUUCAAUGAUGGGCGAUGUGUCACACGAGGCAAAAAGGGGGCAUGAGGAACUCUUGUCUCGUCUCUGUAUCUACGAGCGUGCCGCCGCCGUGAGGCAGUACCGUGACAACGGCACAGAGGAGACAAGUAAUGGGGCUGUGUUGCAAGAAGAAGUUGUCGCUCUUGUGUUGACGACAGCACUGAAUACUUUGGUGCGCCGCACUGUGACGCUGCCGUGCCGUCGACUCUCUGUGCAGAGGCUGGAUUUUAUGCGAUCUCUCAUGGUUCAGCAUGAGGUGGAGUUGGAGCGGGUGUGCGAGGUGACGUGCGGGCCCGUUGUGGAGUUGCUGCACAAUCACCGUGAGUUUCCGGAUGAGGUGCAGGCCAGCGUCUUUCAUCAGGUGCUUGACUCUGUGCGGCGCAUGAGUGAGGAGUGUGAGCCCCCAGAUGACCUUCGUCGCAUGCAUCUCGCGGUGCUUUCCAUGUACGGUGACCCUGUCGACUGGAACGUGGAGACCGUUGUGGAGGUGCUGCUGGCGGUGGAGCCGCAGGUGCUUGAGGGGACGCUGAAUUAUCUGCGGAGCAUGAACGUGGACGGGCGCAGCUUGCUGUACCUACUCAACACCGACGCACUGGAUCAGCGGGAACUACUCAACCGCUUCAUAAGCCUUGUAAAGGAGCUGCCGCGGGUGAGUUUAGAGUCCACACUCCGUUGUUGUGCCGAGUUUGAUUAUGAGACGAUGGAGUGGAUGCAGGAGGAGGAAGAAAGUCGUGGCAACAGUAGUGUUGGUGAUGAUGGGAUUGCCUCCCCAGAUUCCACGUGCCGCCUUCUGCAGCCGUUCUUUCAGGAAGCGGUGUACCCUACCACGAUGGGGGCCGUGGUACGACAACUGCUGCAAAAUAUGUCUGACGUGGUCUCUGGCGUCCCACGCAGUGAUCGUUUGCGGUACCAUGAAAAAUUUGAUCAGCGCGUUCCACCAGCCUUUGUUGCGACACAGGGCUUUAGUGCCGAGGAGCUGCAUGCAUGGCUGCUGCGCAAUUCCAGCCGACUGGGCCUCACCCUGCAUAAACAUGUCGAGCGGCAUGAUGCAUCACAGGCGUGUUGGAAGUUUAUGCUUUGGCUCGCCCACGCCAACCUCGUGGUUGACAUUAUUGUUGAGCAAAGCUCUGGUGUCCUCGUCCACCCUGGCAUCAAGUUAAGUGACUUUUCAUGCCGUACUCGGCUUUUCACGCUGCGUCCUCUUCAGGAGAUGCACGUGCUCAACAAGGGGGGCUUGCUUAUAGGUGACUUGGAGCUCCCGACUGGAUCUAUGACUUUUUCCCCGGUUCCAAGUGCUUCGUCUCCUGCUGCUGCUCAGUCGGUAUGCCGCGCCCUCGUGUGUGCUGAGUCCCUGGUGAGUGUGGCAUUGCGUGUUCUCCCCUCCGUGCAGGAGAUGACGCUGGCAAGCGCUGGAUGCACCUCUCAGAACGCCGCGUUUCGCGCACUACUCAAUAGUCUUUUCAUGCACAGCACACAACUGACCGAGGUCGACCUUACUCUGCUUCGACCACGCGAGCGAUGGUGUUUUUGGGUGAACGUUUUCAAUGCCUUGUACAUCCAUGCCUGGCUAGCCGCAUUCGUUGUGCGGGCACAGGACUACCCAAGUUUUUACAACACCAACGGCUACGAGAUUGGUGGUUACUUUUUUCGUUGA